AUGGUGCCUGGGAUAGAGCUUGGGGACGAGUUUACUCAUUCCAAUACGAGCUUUGUUAGUGCACAUCGUCGUUGUCGCCGGGUGGAGAAGGACCUCAUGAUCCAGUUCUCCCGCAACCCCUCCGAUAUAAUUUUGCGAAAACAACUGGUUAACAUUCGAAUCAUGGGUCACCUCCUGAAAGUUGGUCCUACAGACAAAGCAAAGACCCAUAUCUCCACAACCAUCAAUAGCGAAGCUACCGAUGAAGUCUUCAUUGCUCGAGGUGCAUUCUAUGAUAAGUUCUUCAUCCGGACAUUCCGCAAGGCGAAGGGACCUACUCCCCAGGCAUCUAAUCAUCACUCGCGCCCUUCCUACCAACAGACUUUGGCGGAAGUGCAUCAACAGCUUCAGCGUUAUCCAUCCAACCAUCAAGAGGCGAAGAAAAGCGCCUUGGCUCGUGACAACUAUCGAUGUGUCUUGUCCAGCACCACGGACAAGAUGUCAUUCUUCAAGUACGGCGAACUCCAAGCACAGUUACCGGAAGGGAUGGUACCACGAACCACCCAGUGUGCCCACAUCUUCCCUGAGUCCAUGAGCGUCGGCAUUGAUAAUCCAAUCAAGAGAGACUGCGCUGCGAACGCAUGGACUAUCAUUGAACACUUUGGAUUCACGAAUGUCCUCGAGGAACUUCAGGGCGAAAAAAUCCACCGGUUGGAAAACAUCCUGACCCUCGAAUACGAUCUUCGUGAUCAUUUUGACGAUCUCACUCUAUGGUUGGAGCCUACAGAUAUUGAUAACCACUAUAAAGUCGGCACAACGAAGGAGCGCUACAUUUUUGAACUGUUGAAAGUGCCUCAUUUUAUUGAUUUCACAUCUACUCGAAGUGACUUCCCACUGCCCUCGAAAGAGUACUUGUGCAUACAUGCUGCAUGCUGUCGGGUGGCGCAUAUGUCUGGUGCCGCAGAGUAUCUCAACUUCGUAGAGGAUGAUGAUCCUUUCAAGUCCAAGAUACGAAGCUACGAUCCCGUAGGUUCAGAUUUCGGGGAUGUCUUGGCAGCGCGGUUGUAUGAUGUGAGCGAGGUUCGUUUGGCCGCGUGA